AAGCACAUACAAUCCUUCUUCCUCUCUCUCUCUUUGAAGACUUUAACACGAUUUCACAACUCACACGCUCGCUCUCUAUCUGAGUAGAUGAGAAUUUACUAAUCGAGAUGAGGGAAACAACAGCACAUAGCGGGUCAACUCGGAGCCAACUCAGCACCGAGUCUAGAAAGAAUCUCAAUCUAAUUUAUCAAGAUCGUCUCUUUUAGUAUCAUCAGGGUGUUUGAUCAAGAAUUGUUGAAUUUGGGAUGGGUGAGGCGACAUCUGAUACUAUGAAUCUUGAUUUGAAUCUCGGUCCUGGUCCUGAGGCUGGGUCAGAAUUAGAAGCAUCUAAUGAAGCCAUGAAUUUAGAUGAUUGGGUUGAUGACCCUAUUAUGAGAAUUAGGGAAGCUGUUAGAAUUGGGGCUCGAGAGGCUCGAGAGCAUAGGAGAUGGAGACAAUUUCAAGUUCCACAACAAACUCAAAGCCUUUCGGUGGAAUUGAAUCAACUGAUGGCUAAUUCUGGCCAUGUGGGCACAUUACAGGCUGGUGAGGGAAGUGUUGCUGCUGAAGAAAGAACAAAUGAAGUGCCUAAAAUGUGCGAAAAUAACAAUGGAUUUUUGGAAGAUGAGGUGUCACAGAAAAAAGAUGAUGUUGAGAAGGCCAGUGGUAAUGACGGGAGCUUCUAUGAUUGCAAUAUUUGUUUGGAUUUGGCUACAGACCCUGUUGUUACAUGCUGUGGUCACCUGUUUUGUUGGCCAUGCCUCUACCAAUGGUUGCAUGUGCAUUCCGAUGCAAAAGAAUGCCCAGUCUGCAAGGGAGAGGUGACCAUGAAGAAUGUGACCCCGAUUUAUGGCCGUGGUUGUACCACCCGUGAGCCCGAGGAGGAUACAAAUCUGGAGAUCCCUGUUAGGCCUCAUGCACGGCGGGUUGAGAGUUUGAGACAAACUGCUUCAAGGCAUCUUUCCAGCUUCCCAGUAGAGGAGAUGAUUAGACGACUUGGAAGAAGAUUUGAUUUACCCCGGGACUUAUCUCCUCCACAGGAUUCAAAUGGUUCUCGUGGAGCUGCUGAUAGGACCCAAUCCAUUCUGAAUAGGAUUAUGACAUACAGGGGAAUGCGUGCUGAGCAAAAUCCUAUUGCACCUCCUGAUGAGAUGGUGGAUUUAACUCAGACCAGACCAACAAGCCCUGUGGGAGGGUAUACCCGUCGGCUUCAUGACAUAGUGGAUUUAAUACAUUCUGGGACAGCCGGCACAGAGACAGGACCAGCUCGUCGGGCAAAUGGGCUCCUACUUCGAAGAUCUCAAGCACAAUCUCUAAGAUCUUCAACCCACACUGCAUUUUCUUCUGCUUUGAAUUCAACUGAAAGGAUAGCUGAAACAUAUUUUCGAAACCAUCCUACAGGGAGGAAUCAGGAGCAGCCCCAACCUGUUGACGAUAGAGAUUCUUUCUCAAGCAUUGCUGCAGUUAUAAACUCAGGGAGUCAAAUGGACACUGCCGUGGAUUCUAUGGUCUCCCUUUCAACUUCUUCUUCCAGGAGAAGAAAUGAUGCUUCGAGAAUCUCUGAUGUGGACAGUGGGGAUUCUCGUGCACCUAGGAGGCGGCGAUUGAACUAGUAAGGGUCCAUCUAAUUAUUCUCAUCCUCUGGGAAGUUGCCUUAGAUGCAACAUCCAAACCCACAUGUAAGUGCUACCUGAUUAUAGUGCUUUCACAGCAUAAAGUUUUCACCUUCUGCCACAGUUUUGGACUUUUCAUAAGGUGAUUAUAAUUCUUCCAGUGCUUUGCUGCUCACUGUACUUUGUAUGAGAUAUUGAUAUAUUGAUGUAGUCAUUUUAAGCGCUUGCGCUUCCAAAUUUGUACCGGAGCAUGUAGGCCAAUUUACCCAUUGUACAUAAAACCUUUCAAGCUUCUUAUUGAUGAAAAACUGUUACAUUUUCCAA